GGGGCUUCCAAACUAAGUAGUCUUUAUCGUAUGUGACCAUUUAUGGUCUUCUGUACAUGGUAAAGUCCAGAGGGUGUAUGGUGGGGAUAGCAGUUUUGUACAGGAUUUUCAUAGCCCUUUGUUUUUUGCGCUUGAGUACAUCUGAUGAAGCCUUGAGUGGACUUUUACCAACAAGUCUUUCCAAAGACAAGAGCGAAAAAUGCACAAUGAGUACAACUCAUUGUGUACCAAUCGCUUCACAGUACAAUCGUACUUGUCUUGGUAAUCAUUUGCCUUACAAACUAACAACUUCAAUACCACUUGACGAUGAUGUGAUUUUUUAUGAUCUUGAAUUCUGGACUGCAUUACAAUCUAUACCAGCUUGUUGGGACAAGUUACAGUUUUUCCUGUGCUCAGUUUAUGUUCCUGAAUGUGUUGUUAGCGUACAUCAAACUACAAAAUCAUACGAUAAUAGACAUUCAUCAAAUAUCGAAGCUGAUAAUAAGAAGAAUCCGCCUGAAUUAGUGAAUCAAUCUUCAACUGAUAGGAAAUUCAAUGGGAUAUCGGCAGCUAACACUACCUCGUCCUCCUAUUCCGCUUCACCGUCCUCCUCCUCCCCAUCAUCAUCGCCAUCAUCUUCUUCGUCUUCUUCUUCAACUUCUUAUCGAGUUGUUCUACCAGAGGCGGAAAUGUGUGAAGCUGUACACAAGGCCUGUCCACUUCUAUUUUCAAUUAUUCAAUCAAUGGAUAGUAGUGGUAAUCGUCAUCAUCAUCAUAAUAAUAAAAGAGGAAUCAAUAAUAUUGAUUUUACUGGUGAUGACAGCAGCAAUAGCAGGCGGAGUAGUAGCAGUAGUAGUAGUAGUGGCAAAACCAACGACAACAGCAACAACAACAACAAUGAGGAUGGUAGAGUUGGUCAUAGUCGCGAUAGCAAACGUUCAUAUUCAUAUCCGAAAUUUUUUGACUGUUCCUUAUACACUCCAGGAUGUCGACAAAACAAAUUGACUGCUCGGUUAUUUCAAAGUAAUGGAGGCGGUUGUCAAUCACCACUUGUCACUACAUCGUUAAGAAGAAAUUGGAUACCCGGUAUAGAACGAUGUAGUUUUCCAUGUCGGCAGCCUUACUUUGAUCCAGAGCAUUAUAAACUGGCUAGAUGGAUUACAGGUUUUGCUGCUAUCGUUUGUCUAUGCACUAAUAUCUUGACAUUGUUUACUCUUCGUUUACAAUUAGCUGAACGUAUGGAAAUCACGCUACAACUCUCCAGCUACAUACAUCGUCUAAUCGACUCACUUCAUUUGCCAACAUUUUCCACUGGCAAGAAAUCACACCUGAUCUAUCAUAGAAAACCGACAACAGCACUAACAACAACAACAACAACAACAAUGUCGUCAAUAGCAGCAUCACCCUCGUCGCCGGUGUAUAUUUCUCCUGCCUCCAUUUCAUCCAACAACAACAAAUCAUCAAGGCAUAAUCCAUCAUGGUGUCUUAUACAUACCUCACUGUUUUAUAUUCAUUUAUUUCUAUUAUUUGGUUGUUUCGGUUGGCUGAUACCACUGUUACCGGAUAUUGGAGAGUAUGUCGCAUGUCGAGAAGAUGGAAGUCUACGUGUUGGUGAACCACAAAUUAGUUCUGGAAAGUCGAUUCUAUGCAUUAUAGACUUUAUCUUGUUAUAUUUCUCAUCAAUGGCUGCUGCAAUUUGGUCAAAUAUCUUUGAUUAUGCAUUAUUAUAUCAAAUGAAAAAAAUCAAUUACAAUCUAACCAAUCAACAGAAUCCUUCUCCUCCUUAUCAUCAGUCUCAUCAUCAUCCUCGUCAUCCUCAUCAUCAUCAUAAACAACAUCGUGGACGUCAUCAUCAUUCAAAUCAGCGCCAAAAUCAAACUGAUAUAGAAAUGAAACAUAUUCAAUCUUAUUUAACAAAAUUUAGUGAAAAUUUAUCAAAAAAGAAAAAGAAAGGCGUUAACAAGUUAACAAAUACCGAUGAUAAUUAUUCAUCAUUAUUAUUAUUAUCAUCGUCAUCAUUAUUAAAAAAGCGUAUCUCACAUGAACCUUUAUCAGAGAUCACAAAUUCAAUUAAUUUAACCAAUGAAAAAUCCUCCGAAUUUGAAUUAUCCACUGAAGGUGGUCAUGCUAUCAUUGAUUUAAACAAUAUUGAUAAUAUUGAAACAAUUGAACCAUUGAAUACAUCUGUUAUAAAAGAUAAUAGUAAUAAUAUUAAUAAUAAUAAUGAAGAGAAAAAGGAUAAUAAAACUGCCACAUUGACAACAACAACAACAGCAAAACGACCUCGACGACGACGGCAAUUAUUACUUCAUUCAUCGUGUUCAUUUAACUCUUCGUUUAACUCUCCAUCAUCAUUAAUGACAUCUUCUUCUUCUUCUGGCGCGUCUUCUUCAACACCGCCUUCUCAUUCUCCUUCACCUUUAUCACCAUCACCUUCAUUAUUGUUAUCCAGUCUGAAAGUGAAUGAACAUUUGCAAACAUCUUUUAUCAAGUCUAAUGUAUUAAAAGAAAACAUGAAAAUGUCGAAUAAUACUACUACUAUUACUACGACAAUUACUAAUACUGACAAUAAUAAUAAUAAUAAUAAUAAUAAUAAUAAUAAUAAUAAUAAUAAUAAUGGUGUUGACAUCGAUGUAAAUGUCUCUUCAAAGAAAUAUGAUAAUCAUAAUAUUCGCUCCAGUCCCAGCAGUAAUAAUGGUCAAACAAUAUGCUCAGAGUCAAUUGUUCAACGAUCUCCAUUAUUGGAACACGUAUCCUCAAAUUUGCAUGAUAAUAAAAGCAGUCGUCAGGAUCACCACCACCACCACCAACAACAACCAGACCACAGCCAUCAUCGUCAUCCUCACCAUCAUCACCAUCAACACCCUAGCCAUGAUUAUCGACAGUAUAAAUAUGGUUCAUUCACUGGGAUCCCUUUAAGUUCACUUGUUGAUUUUUUACCCUAUGAUUGUUUAGACUCUUACCUGUAUUCGCCUACAUGUUUCCCUCAUCCAAAACCAUUAAUCUCACAAAUUUUAUGGAUUCAAUUAUUUACUACUGAUAAAUACUUAUUUAUUCAUAAUAUGGACACUAGUCACGGUAAUAAUAAUACUAAUAGUAGCAGUAGUGUGAAAUGGUGUGAAAUGCAUAAUUGUUAUAAAAUGGUUAUCGAUAAUGAUAAUGAUGAUGAAGUUGGAGAUAAUAGUGGAUAUCAUCAGGCGAAUGCUCCUGUGACGUCGGCGACGACAGCGAGAACAACAACACCAAUAAAAAAAUCGUCGACAGUAAUGCCUAUUUGUUCUUGUUCUUGUGCUUAUUCUAAAUCACUUAUGCUUAAACACGGGGUUAUUAUUUCAUCACCAAUGAAUCAAUCGAUAAAUACACAACCACAAACCACUUGUUUACACUUGCUGGCAUUAGCUGUCCCGUUAGUGUUGACUUUGAUCAGUUUAACAGCUGCAGAAAUUGAUGGGAAUUCAUUGAGUGGUAUCUGUUCAGUUGGUUUAAUCAAUAUAUGGGCACGUGUCGGCCUCUUGUUAAUCCCGUUCACAUUAUCCUUAGCGAUUAAAAUCUUUUAUUUUAUUCAAUUAAUACAUCAAUUCACAAGAUUACGUCAUAAAUUCCGUGUGUCUUCAUUUCGUGUUGAUCGUGAAAUAGCUCAACGCUUGGUGAGAUAUUCUUUAUUCUAUGGUUUAUUCUUACUUUUCCUAUUGAGUUUAUGGUUAUUCUCAAUUUGUAUACAUACUUAUUGGUACAUGAAUGAACCUGUCUGGUUAGAAUCCCAACGACUUUUAUUCUUAUGUCGAAUACGUUAUCGUUUGUUGGGACUGGACGAGACAGCCGCUGGAAAUGUAUGCAUUAAUACAGCAUCAUCGUAUGACUUCAUCAGUUCACCGUCCUCUUCUGCGUCUCCAUUUUCUUCUAAAAGUCUUCCCGCAGUGAAUGAUUCACAUAUUGUAAAUAGUCCAGGUAAUCCACAGUCGCCAUCAGCAUCUUCAGCAUCGUCAACAUCAUCGUCAUCGUUUUCAGAUCCUCAGCAUUCUAAAUAUCAAGUAAUGAAGCAGUUUAACCAACCAGUCGACAAUGAAGUGGUCAUUACCACUAUGUAUAAUUCACACUUGAAUUAUCUACCCAUAGAAGAGACAUUAAUACACAAACCGUCGGUUGGACCAAUCCUUCUACAUUUAUUCAUUUAUUUUGCUAUUAAUCUCUUAUAUAAUUCAAUGUGUCUACUCGAUCCAUCAGUUAAGCGUAGUUGGUGGUAUACUGUGAAAAGAAUGAUAUUUUGGUGCCAACCAAAGAAGGCGAAGAAGAAGAGGAAGUUUCCAUUAUCGAACUUUGAAACUUUCCACUCCAAUUUACAUCAUCAUCAUCACAGUCGACACCAUCCUCACCAUCGACAUCGUGACCUGGAUGUCGACCCUAUUGACAACGUCUAUGAUGAUGAUGAUGAUCCUAAUGUUGUCGAUCAUGAUUACAAGGCGAAAAUCAUCGAUUAUCACGAUAAAACUUCCAAGAUCCCAACGACAGGAGGAGAUAUUUUAUUCAAUGAUGAAAAUGAUCACUUGGUUAAAUCGUAUCUAAAUCAUAUAACAAUUGGAUUUAGUUGGUGGGAUCCUGGAUUCUUUAUCAUUCCAACACCGAUACUAUCCAAUUAUGAUCUAUGGAUAAAAUGUAGAAGACGAUUUUAUUUGAACAAGAACAGUCAGGAAAAGAAGAAGAGAUCUAAGCAGGGCAAAGAGAAUAUACUCUUGUCAUCAUCAUCAUCAUUAAGAGGAACAUCAACAGCCGCGGUGACAAUACCUCUGCAAAAUCCCGAAUCAGUUAAGUGCAAGGUGAAUCCUACAUGUACUAUAAGUAAUGAAAAUGCUAAUACUACUCACAAUAAUAAUAGUAGUAGUAGUAUGUUCAAUAAUCCUCUCAUCAUGAAGAAUGAUCGUGACAUAAUUAAUUUCUGUUUAAAUAAUGCUAUUCAAAAUCCGGAUCAGCUUAAUCAAAUUAUGAUGGAUCCACUUGAAUCGUUGUUAUUGUCAACUGCUGAGGCUGCUGCUAAUCAUCGAAACUUGUUCAACAAUUCUGGUAGUGGUGGUGGUGGUGGUUUAGAGGAUGGGUCACCUUUUCAUCAAUAUUAUCAACAAAGCCAACACCACCACGAACAACAACAGGCGGCACACUCAAAAUUACCGGCAUCGAUUAAUUUUGAAACAGUCCUUCAGAUUCUACGUCAGUUACAUCAUCAGUUAAUGACAACCGGGGGCCCUGAGAUGGGAGAUGAUAAUAAUAAUAAUGCUGAUAGUGUUAAAGCCUUCAGUAAUAUUGUUGGUGAUGCAGCAGCGAAUGUGACUGCUGCUACUACUAAUGCUACAAGUAAUAGCAGUAGUCUCACUAGUAGUAGUAGUAGUAAUGGUAAUAAUACUCAGAAGAAUCAAAAUCAAUUGGGGAAUCAUAAUUUGAUGAAUAUUUUAUCUCAUGAUCCAAAUUUGGUGGCUUCAUUAACGGCUGCUGCCGCUUAUGAACAUUAUCAAAAACAACUUUCAGAGUUGACUACAAGUAUUUCACGUCGACGAAGUAGGCAUAAACGAUUGUUAUCGAGUCGUACAUCACUUCGUCGACAUAGUCAAUCGCGUAGUUUUUCUACAAAUGGUUUAUUCCUACCUGGAUUAACAUCCUCCUCAUUAACAGCAGCAGCAGCAGCAGCAACUGCAUCAACAAUGAAUUUAAAAGUGAAAGGAACAAGUUCAUCAUCAACUUGUUCUACAACAGCAUCAAAAACAAUUGAUUAUCAUCCUGUACCGCCUACUACAACAAUACAAACAGCAACACCUGCACCAGGUGGUGCUUCUUACAAUAUAUUACAAGCUGCAGCUUCUAUGAUUUUAGCUGCAGCUGUUGCAUCUUCUUCUACUGGUCCAAAUACAAAUAAUUUCAUUACUAACAGUAGUGAUAAUUUUCAUAAUAAUAAUACUAAUAAUAUUCAUACGAAUAAACGUCGAUUAAGUCAGUCGGGUUUCAGUGGAAUUGAUGCCUUCUCUACACAUCAGUUGGUGGAUAGUUCGAGUAGCACAAAUUCAGCUUUCGGUGGAAGUCAAAUAUCGUCUGCAUCGUUUCGAAGUGCAUUAACCAGUGCUGGCAUACCUCAUCAUUACCAGCGUCAUCAUCGUCGACGUGACAGUAGUCAUACUCGACCAUCGUCGACAUCUGAAGCUGCAUUGAUAAAUAACAUUAAUAAUCGUAGUACUCUCAAUGAAUUGAAUCAGAAUGUUGGUUGUGUUGACGACUCUACUGUUAAGAGCAUCAAUAGUAACAACAACAAUAACAAUAAUAACACCAAUAAUAUACAUAAUAUGGGCAGUCGUAUGUCCUCUCUACACUCAAUCUCCUGUGCUUCAUCAUCCGGUGCUGAAUCGUAUAAUUCCUAUCGUUUGUUAAUCAACCAAGCUGGUGCAAGUUGGCGAGAAUUAUGGCGUACACGUAUGCUGUUAAUGCAUGUAUUACGUUGGGCAGAGAAUGUUGCACCGUUUAUGCAACAAACAAAUAAUUCUGGUCCCAUGAAUAAUGCUAAUAAUAAUGCUAAUAAUAAUGAAUAUAAUCAAUCAUCCCAGACAAGUUUAUCAAAUUAUGAUGUACCGCAGGGACAGAGUGGUGGUGGUAGUAAUACUAUGGAUUAUGUUAAAACAACAACUGCUUCCACAGAUAAUAUUUCAACUUCUUUUGGUGAUUGUACCAAUACUACUGUUAAUAAUAUACCUAGUAGUAUAAGUAGUAGUAUGAAUCAUCCACAACAACCGUCAACAUUUACUCCAAAAACUCUAGAUGCUGGGAAUGAUUUCAAUGCCCAGUUAGUUCAACUGAUAAUGUCUUUAAUCGAACAACAACAGCAGCAUUGUCAAUCACAAUCGGUAGUUACUUCUCCGAAUAUACCGGCUGGUAAUCCAUUCAUGCAAACUACUAGUAAUAAUGUUGUUGAUACAACUGGAAAUAAUCCCUUCAUUGAACAAACCCACCAGUUGACAUCGAUGGAUCCAAUGAUGGCGGCAGCGUUUGCUGCAGCUACAGCUGCGGCGACUGUCGCUUUAAAACAGCAGCAGCAACAGCAUCAACAAGUUCUACGUCAAUCAUCCUUUUCUAAUUUAGCGUCAUCACCACCUACAGUCAAUAGUAGUGGUGGUAGUAGCGGUGGUGGAACUACGACGACGAUAACGACUACUCCUCCUACGACUGUCAUUACAAUGACUCCGAAUAAUUGUGUACAAAGGAAUCAAUCGUUUUGCUCCGGUACUGCUCCUUAUCAUCAAUAUCCAUAUUUGGUUAAUUCACCGGUUGGACAGUCAUCUUCAUAUGGAGUAAUGCCACAAAAUAUGAUGAGUCAAUUCCCGGGACAAUACAACCCCACCAAUAUCAAUCCACUGUGUUUCCCAUCUAGUCCCAAUGAUCAAAAACAUAAUUCACCAUCAUGUCAUCACCAUCAAAAUACUAAUUCAUCGCAUAGAAUAUUUCCACCACAAGACUCAAGUCUUCCUCCCCCUCCUCCUCCUCCUCCUGCUCAAUAUUUAAAUGUCACGCGUAGUCCACCAACUCAUUUCGAUGCAAGUCAUCAAGCAUCAUCAUCAUCACCUGAACAGCAUUUAUACAACACUCCUAACCAGAGAAAUGUUGUAAUAAGGCGGCAAACAAGCGAUUUCCCAGCCUACAGUAAUCAAUUAAUAUCUGAAGGGGAUAAUAAUAGUUAUCAGUGUACUAUUGCUCCAGAUCUUCUAAUCGAUCAUGAUCAAACAAAUAAUAAUCAUAUUCGUGUGGGUUCAAAUUGUUUACCACAGUACAGUCUUACAACAAGAUCUCCAUUAAUCCCUGGACAACAACAACAACAGCAAGUGCCUCAUUUCCUGCAUCCUACAUCAACUGUUCCUAUGGUUAUGACUUCUAUGUCUAUGUCGUCAGCUGUUAUUCAUCCUAAUGCAAGUAACCCUGUUCCCCAGCCAGUGUUGUUCCCUGUACCGUCUACAUCGUAUCCAAGACAGCAUACUUGUUCAUCAAUAUCACCGAAUGCUGCUUCUCGCCCAGAUUCUCAUGGUGUGAUAAACAGACAGUUUUAUAGUGAAGACAAUCGUACAGCAUCAAAUCAAAAAAGAUGCUCUCAGGGUAACUUUGUUUAUACUGGCGUUGAAGGUAUCGGUAUCGACGUCGUUGGCAGUGUUGGUGGUAGUAAUAAUGAUUCAGAUGCAUUUGACAGUGAAGAUGAGGUAAUCUCACUGACUGAAGAUGAUAAUCCUGUUGAUGGCUGUGGUGCUGCUCCCGCCGCUGCUGCUGAUGAUGAUGGUCAGGUCAGCAAUUCCAAGAUAAUAAACAAUGAGGACAUUGAGUUCUCUCAGAGACACCAACUGGGACACCAAUUGCCUUCACAUAUCACUUAUCACCACCAUCACCGAACUAAUGAAAUCCAUCCUCACCCCUAUACUCAUAUGAUUGGUAGUCAUUCACAUACGAAUCCUUAUUAUAUCUCUAAUUUCACAAAUCAAACAACAGCGACAAUUGAAUUACCACCUCCAUUGAUCACAACAGCGGCAACAGCAACAACGAUAUCCACAUCAUCAGAUCUGAUGCAUACAAGAUGUUAUUCAUUUAUUGGACAAGAUGAUGGAGAAAUAUCUAGUGUUAGUCAAAGUGCUAGUCAAAUUGUACCGAAUGCAUCCUCCUCUUUGUCCUCCUCCUCAUCUUCUUCGUCGAACGAUUCGCCAUCCUCAGCAUCUGCGCCACAUUUAUUAUCACAUUCCGCCAAUAAAUCACCACCUAUCAUCAUCAAGGAUGAGGAAUAUACUGGAACAACUGAUACACCUGCUUCUAAGUCUAUUGUUCCUAGAGAAGAAGUUAGUGAUGACCACUGAAAAGAGUGAGGUGUAUUUGUGUGUGUGUGUGUGUGUUGAUUGCUUUUUGUGGACUUUCUUUACUAGCUUUAUUCUCCAUCCCGUCCCGUCCCGCCCCGCUCCCAACUCAUCUCUUUUUUGUAAAAUAUUUCAUAUUGGCCUUAAUUAAUUAACGCCUUGAUAUGUGUGUGCGGGUGUGUUAUCGAUUUUUUUCUUUUUCAUAUUCAAUGUUUCAACAGUUUUGUUGUUUGAAUACGCUAAUUACUAUUACUACCAGUGAAUGGAGGGAAAUAUGAAUUAUGGUGUGUAUUUCGUAAUCAAUUAGGGGGGGAGGGAAUUUAACCAAUCAGUGCAUUUCUUCUUCUUACUAUUCACGAUUUUUUUUAAAGAAAAAUGAUGACAAUAAUAAUGAUAAUAAUGCUAUUAUUUUCUAAAACUUUGUAUAUUAAAGCGCCAAUUUUAAAUGAUCUAUUCUUCUGAUCAUUUACUUUAAUAAUAAUAUUGCCUUCUUUCAUCAUCCGUGUGGAGUACUCUUCACAUUGUUCAUAUUUAAAUGUAUGCUGCUGAAAGGUGUGUGUGUAUUGAAGUAACUUGUAUAUGUGGUGACGGACGGACUGACUGACUCCACACUCUGCUGUGUUCCCGGUUUUGAUUUAGGAGAAUACGUUGUUGAAAUGUACACAAGAAAUUGACAAACUGCCUUUCUAGUGGUGUAAUAUAUCAUAUCUU